UGGGUGGGCGGGAGUUGUGAGAGCGAGGGUCAGGCUGUGGGUGUCGCGAGACAAGGCUGGGGCCAGGUAACGGUUUGAUUCAAACGGUUCCCCAGAGCGAGCGCGAGAGAGAGCGCGGGCAGCGGAGGGAGGAAGGCGACCGGGCCUCUGACUGACUUUCCUGCCCGCCCUGCCGGCCGCUGGCCCUUUGUUUAGCUGCUCGCUUUGGACUUGUAUGUGUGGCAACAACAUGUCAGCGCCACUUCCUGCGAUGGUUCCUGCUGCGAGGAAAGCCACGGCCGCGGUUAUCUUUCUACAUGGAUUAGGAGACACUGGACACGGCUGGGCAGAAACACUGGCUGGUAUCAAGUCUCCACAUGUGAAAUACAUUUGCCCACAUGCGCCUGUUACACCAGUAACUCUAAACAUGAAAGUACCAAUGCACUCAUGGUUUGAUAUUAUUGGACUUUCUCCGGAUGCUGAUGAGGAUGAAACUGGCAUUAAAAAUGCAGCAGAAAGUAUUAAAGCAUUAAUAGAUGAAGAAGUUAAGAAUGGAAUACCAUCUCAUAGGAUUAUUUUGGGAGGAUUUUCUCAGGGAGGAGCUCUGUCAUUGUAUACAGCUCUAACAACACAUCAAAAACUGGGGGUGAUUGGUCUUAGCUGUUGGCUUCCACUUCGGGAUUCUUUAUCACAGGCAGUAGCUAAUGGUCCGAACAAAGAAAUUCAUGUUCUUCAAUGUCACGGGGAGGCUGAUCCUUUAGUGCCCCUAAUGUUUGGUUCUCUCACUGCUCAGAAGUUAAAAACUAUCAUUAAUCCAAACAAUUUCACUUUUAAGACCUACUUGGACAUGAAGCAUUCUUCUUCUCACCAGGAAAUGAUGGACGUCAAGGAAUUUAUUGAGAAGCAACUACCUCCAAUCAACUGAAAUCACAUUGGAGAUCAUUUUUUUCUGAAACUUGGCUCCUCGGAUCAUGACUGAUGUUAAUUCUUCCCUUCACCUGCAUUCUGAGAUGUCAGUCAUCUGUUAUUUUUUUUUCACAUUUUUUACCAUCUUACAUUUUGUAAACUUCAUCUAGGAACUUGGGAGUGUAAUUUCUUUUGAAGUUUAACAAGUACCAAGUACUGCAAGGAUCAUAUUGGGAACAUUUCACUGCUCAUCCUUAAAUGUUUGGCUUGUCACUUUUAUCUUUCCCAAGUAUAAUCUGCUUUGCAUUUACUUGCAUUGUGUCUUUCAAUCUUUGUCAACUGAUUGUGGUGGGUAGUAGUGCUCUCUGAACUGCAUGAAAAAGGUAUAAGAAAUCAAUUUCUAUAAACCCCUGAAUGGACUGUUGCUCAUCACUAGUCUAAAAUGUAGUGUAUAUAUAUAGUUGCAAAUAAAAUAAACUGAAUGAGAUUUCAUUCAAUAACCAAAGGUGGUGCUUUAUAAUAUUUCCUAUAAAUGUAGUGUUGUGAUUGGUGUUUAAAUACAGAUAUGUAUUUGUAACAAAGGUUUAUACAGUACUUAUGAAGAACAAUAUAAACCGGUUGAUCAUCAGUUGAAGCACAACAUGCUACUUUAAUUUAACUUCCCAUAUAUUUCACCUUUACAAAAAUAUGCAAACACGAACUGCAAUUUAUGAAUCCAGUAUUUUGUCAUUUCAAUGGCAUUGGAUGUAACAUUGUCUGUCUGGGAUUAUAAUGUAUUAAAUAUCAAUUUAAGAAGUUACAGUAGGAAUAAUUGGGUUUGGUUGCAGAUUUUUACCAUGUAAGUUUUCUUCAGUUUAAAGAACUAAAUUGUGUGAUUGUAACUUUAUAUGAAUACCAUUAUAUAUUUCAGUUAGACAAUUUCUUCUGCUAUUGUAAUGGAAAAAUUUGGCUUGUGUAUUUUUGUAUACUUGCUUUUUAUGGUGUAGUUAUCAAGAUUAUGUUUUAAGUUCUACUAUAGUGUGUUGAGCUAAACACCAUCUUGUAAACAAUCUUGACACAUCAAGCAGAAUGUUGAUGUGGCGUGUUUGAGACCUGAAUGAUUGCUUAAAAUGCAAGUGAAUUUCAAUGACAAAAUAGAAAUUGAUUAAUCUUUCAUACAUGAAGUGUAAGAGCCAUGUCAGGGGCAUUCAGAGUUGUUUGUGGUUAUCAUUGGUACAGUACUGACUUAUUCUUAAACUUUUUUAAUACAAUUUGUGGGGUGAACUCAUCUGUAAAUUGCAAUGGAAAUAUGUUGCACACCUCUUCAAAACUAAUGUAGUUUAUGCUUGGGUUAAAAUGUUUCAGAAAUAAAACAAUAUUCCAAUUGGUUAAAUAUGA